GCCUUCUGCGGCCACAGUGUGUAGAUCCGUUCGCUAGGGAAACUGUCAGUGUUCCGUAGGAUACCGAAGGGUGAACAUAGUGCGACUUCCACGCCCGUGAAAUUCACGAUAAUAAAAUAAUAAAAAGCAAAGGCAGCCACAAAUAAAACCAUAGAGCCUAUUUCUAAGAGAAAAUUUGUGUGCUAUUUUUAUUUAAAGUGACUUUAUCGAAGCUUAUUAACGAUAGAACAGCAAGAGAUGAACUGCGCCAUGCAUCGAAAUCUCUUGCUCUCGUAAUUAAGUACAUUGGAUUCAUGGUGAAGUCCUGCUCUCACAAGAUGACGUCGCGAUUCAGGACUACCGGUAUCGCUUUAUUGGCCUGCAGUGUAUUCUACAUUGUUAAUGGUCAGAGUUGUUCGAACGAGGAACAUCAAAGAUGCGUAUCUCUUGCUGAUCCUCUUCUCAAGGAUCCGCAUCUUAUUUUUCCUGAUAAUAUUCAGGAUAUAGAUAUGGUUUGCAGGACAUGGACCAGCUUUGUCGAUUGCAUCACAAGAUACAUACAAAAAUGUUUUACUGAACAAAGGCGGGAACAAUUUAAUUCUGCUGUUCAACAGCCAAUAGCAUCUGUGCAUCAAAUGUGCUCGGUGUCUACGUACCAGACUGAGUAUUUGAAAUACGCCAGCUGCAUAAAAGCGACCGUUACCGAAUCCGAGCAUUGCGGGAAUCAAUAUGCUGCUUUGGUUGACGAAGUUUCUCGUGGUGAAGUUGCUAAAACGAGUCUUUGUUGUUCACACUAUCACUUCCGUACUUGCGUAAUUUCUGAAGCGAGGAAACGAUGCGAUGGCAGUCAAUCAGGCGGAACUGCGGCUAGAUUUUCUAGACAAGUCCUGGAUAAAGCUUUGAGUUUUUUGCAGGAUCAGUGUCAAAAUUAUAUACCAAACAGUGGAGAUUGUCCUAAUUACAGUACAGAAAAUUCUGUUUUAUCUGUGAGUCCUCUUGGAGAAGGAUUGGAGAAUAUUUUAGGGACCAGGAGCAGACCUUAUCAUCGUACAAUGCCUACAGACACUUCCUAUUCUGGUCAACCUAGUGAUAAUUAUGAUUCAGAUAGUAAUUCUGCAUUACCAAAUGGUUUCAGAAGUACUGGUCGAUCUUUAAAUCUAUCUCCAACAAAGGAACCUGACAGGGAAGAAGUCUGGUCACCAGCAACAGGAUUGUCAAUCAGUAAUGUUCCUAUGAGGACUACAGCUAAUAAAAUGGAAGGUUCGAUGACACCAACUAAAGUUGGUGGAGAUAUGGAAGGGGAAAUGAUAGCACAGGUAGAAUCGACAGCAACAAAUUUUGUGCAUCAUGACGAACAACCAGCUGUUGUUGUUACACAAAGACCAGCUACAUAUGGCAGAGGUAUGUCUUGGACUUCACCAGCUAAUGAACCAACAUCAGAAGUACCAGCCUGGGCUACAAGUACUUGGCAAGGUUCUGAUCAGAUACCGGUAACCGAUGAGUCCUGGUUUUCAGGACUUCCAGCCGGAAGUUUCGGCGGAAAUCACAUCGAUGAGCCGAAUCAGCAAGGCCUCUCAAAGAACGGCCAAGUAGUUUUGAGAAGCAGCGUCUACAUCCUCGGGAUUGCUAUCAGUACUUUUUAUUUACUGUGAAAAGUUUCAUUUGCGCGAUACCUUUUCCUCAGACGAGGGAAAAUAGUGGUUUUCAGAUAUGAUGGGGAUAAAAGAAUUUUGAUUGAUGAAAAAUGCAGACUUAUCUAUUGGCUCCAUCUUGUGUUGCAUGCUAGAAGUAAAAUUGGCGUUAAAGGUGCUACGAUUUGAUGUUACCACGUUCACCGAAAGUGAACGCAUUUUUAAAUCCAAUAAUUGGUAUUAAUUUAAAACGGCCGAAUCUGCUUUAUUACUGUGAGAAGCAGUAUCGUUUUCCAGCAUUGUAAUUGCAUCGCAUUGUAUAAAUACUUGAUUGAGAGAAGAAAGAAAGAGUAAUUAUUAGUGCUAAGGCGGUAACGGCUGUUGGUAUUAUUAUCGUUGAAUCUGUUACAUAGACAUUUUUAUAUAUAUACAUCCUUUACUAUACUCGUUGAAAGUUGCUUUGGUGACAAUGGACGAAGUGUCGUGUAUAUGAAAAUGAAGAUGAUUGAAUGAUAAAGAAAAUAUAGUAGGUAAAAGAAGUGUCUAGUCGGUCGUAAACUCAGAAAGUCUUUUCCAGUGUUAGAUCCUCAAUCUCGGAUUAUACAGAAUAAUUCUCAUUAUAGUAAUUCUACUUUUGAUGUAAUUUUAAAGCAUUAUUGAUGUAUUUCACUGUUACGCGCACGUGCUGGACUAUAACCGCGUUUCUAACUAAAUAUUCAAAAGGAAUAUUUCAAAGAAUCAAUCAAUCAGUCAAUCAACCUUGAUGCAAGGUUUUACAACUUUUAAUCCUCAUAAAAUACCGAAUCAUCUCGGUAUUGAAAAUAUAUGUGACACAGAUAUUAAUAAAAUUCAUUCUUGGACAAGUAGCGAAAAAGACUUCUAAAAGCUGACGCUCUUGAGAAAUUCAGGAAAUUCUCAUAGAGAUAUUUUAGAUCCAUUAACUUUAACGGUGACACAUGGGUAGGAGAUUAAUAAAGAAUGAUUUAAAAAUCAUCACUAUUAUUGUAGUCAUUAGAGAUUUACAGCAUACUAUACAGGAGACACAGGAUUCUUUAUAUUUAACGUAUGACCAUUUUAUAUCUUAUUUUCCUGAUACAAUAUAAAAACAAAAUAACCACCUUUGGAGGUAGCCAUUUCUCUGUAUUAAUGUAUAUGAUUCUGCUGUGCAAGUAUUAAAAAUUUCUAACAGAGAAUAA